AUGGCUCCUCUCGGCAUCCGAGUGACGCAAAUUAACUUGCAUCACAGCAAAAGCGCCUCGGCAAUUUUAGCUAGGAGCAUGGCUAUAAUGCAAACAAGUAUUGUAAUAAUCCAAGAGCCUUGGAUUGUAAACGGUGCAAUUAGAGGACUGAAUGGAUACGGUAAUUUAUACAAAGCACACUCGGAAAAAAAAGUAAGAGCUUGUAUUUUGGUUAAAGGACUAAAUGCCAUCUUUCUGUCACAGCUCAGCAGUGAGGACCUCACAAUCAUUAAGGGUCAGCUUCAUGCCCUUCGACUCCAGGAAUCCACCACCGCAAGAAGAGUAAAAACCCUAGUGGCCUAUGCGGAGGACAGGGGACUUGAGCUCCUGCUGGGUUGCGAUGCAAACUUUUACCAUGUCGAAUGGAGCACAGACAUUAAUCCGCGGAGGGAGAGUCUCCAUGGUUUCCUAAUAGGCACAGGAUUCACCAUCUUAAAUAGAGAAACUGAGCCGACUUUCCAGGACUCAAGAAGAGAGGUUAUUGACAUUACGGUGAGUACGGAGAGGGUGGCGAGUCUGGUGAGAGACUGGAGGGUCCCUAAUGAACCUUCGGGAUCCGACCACAAACAAAUACGCCUAACUCUGCAACACUCGCCGCCGAUAAGCUGGGCUCGUAAUCCCAGGAAGACUAAUUGGGACGGCUUCAGGGCUUACCUCAAUGCCCGACUUGCUGGAGCCCCAACUAGUUACAGGUCUAAGAAUAAUUUAGAAGAUGCGGCGGAUUACUUAAAGAACGCCAUUGUAGAUGUCUACGAAGCAAACUGCUUGUCGAGACCAAGAAAUCGGUGA